AAUGGCUGGCCAGUUGCGACGUUUCCAAUUUGGUCAAAAAUUCUCAACUAACUAGUUUUGCACCAUUAAUAAGGAAUAUUUGCAUUGGAAAUGACCGCAAGUGGUGACCGCUAACAAGUGAGUACGACCAUAAACGCACCACACGAGCGGCGACGUCUAAGUGAAAAGCGCGCAUUCCGCUAAAACAGGGCAAAAAUUGUCGAUUUGCCUUAAUUCGCCUUUUGCUAUCGAAAUCAUUCCAAGUGUCCCGGAGAGUGCCGAACAGUUACACCGAUUUUUCGCACCAAACGGUUUUCCACGCAAAACCCAACAUGGACAUUUACGAGCAACAAGGACAGGACAUAACGGCAUCCGAUAUGCUAGUGCCAGACGAGGACAGCGACAUCAAGCGCUUCUACAAGGAUUCGUGCGUGUUUAUCACCGGCGCCACUGGCUUCCUGGGCAAGCUGGCCGUGGAGAAACUGUUGCGCAUCUGUCCCGACGUGAAGAAAAUCUUCAUUCUGCUGCGCGAGAAAAAGGGCAAAGACAUCAAGCAACGCUUCGAGGACAUCUUCAAAGAGCCCACAUUCGACCACUUGAAGCGACAUAACCCGGAUUUCCUGCAAAAAGUGUGUCCGGUGGUGGGGGACAUCAGCCUCCCCGACCUGGGCCUGAACGAGCUAGACAAGGAAGGCCUGAUGCGCGAAGUCGAUUGCGUGCUGCACUUUGCCGCCACUGUGCGCUUUGACGAGUCAUUAAAGAUGGCCACUUACAUUAACGUCAGGGGCGUACGCGACCUGAUUUUGCUGGCCAAGCAAAUGAAGAAACUGCGAGCGUUCCUGCACGUUUCCACGGCCUUUUCAAACUGCAACCGUCAAGAAAUUGACGAAAUGUUCUACGAUCCACCAAUCACAGGCGACAAACUGCUCGAUCUGGUCGAAUGUCUGGACGACGACCAAUUGAAUGCCAUCACCAAAACCGUUCUGAAAGACUUCCCCAACACGUACGCGUUCACCAAGUGCGUGGCCGAGGACGUGGUAAGAAAAGAGGGCCAGAGCUUACCGAUCGCCCUGUACAGACCGUCCAUUGUUAUAGCGACAGUGAAAGAGCCGGUGGCCGGAUGGAUUGACAACGUUUAUGGGGCCACGGGGGUGCUUUUGGGCGCGGCCGUCGGCCUGCUCAGAACCCUGCAUGGCAACAAGGAGAAAAGGGCAGAAAUGGUGCCGGCCGACUACGUGAUCAACAGCUGUUUGGCUGCCACCUGGGAUAUUGCCACAAUCAAGUCGUUGAACGAGAACAAAGAAAUCCAGGACCAAGAGAGCAGAGAGGAGAAAUUUGUCAGGGAAAUCCCGGUUUACAACUAUGUGAGCACCCCGGAAAACCCGCUCACUUGGGCGGAGUUCAGCCAUUUGUCGAGAAAACACUGUCUGCAAAUCCCCUCGGAAAAAGUGAUGUGGCAUUCGAUGUUCCGGAUGCGCUCCAACUACUACGAACACAUGCUUGCCGUCUUUUUCUUGCACACCAUUCCGGCCCAUUUGGUCGACUUUAUCCUGCUCUGUCUAAGGAAGAAGCCCAUGCUGGUGGACGGGUACAAGAAGAUCAACAAAUUCAGUGGAGUUUUGGCGUACUUCACCAAUCGCGAUUGGAAGUUUCGCAACGACAACGUGCAAGCGCUAUGGAAACGCAUGAAGAAACACGAUCAAGAGCUGUUUGACUUUGACAUCCGGAAGCUCAACUGGGACGCCUAUUUCUUCACCUACACGCGAGGCGCACGUGUUUACCUGCUCAAAGACCCCCUGGACACGAUCCCUCAGGGAACUGUCAAGUACUACAAGUUGCUGCUUGCGCACUAUGCGGUUUUGGCGGUGUUUUGGCUGCUGGUGCUCCGAUUGGUCGUCUGGGUCUUCAUCUAGCUUCAACUGGCCAAUCCCGAUUAAUUAUGUACAAAACCCUUAUGCCUGGUUGCACCGUUUGACUAAACAGUGAUUAAAAAUUUAGUCGUCGUUUAGCUUGAAAAAUGUGUUGUACCGUCGCUUAACCACUGUGUUGUGUAUUCUAAACAACGAUUAUAUUAACCGGCACUUUUUGGCUGUUUAACACCCGAUUAGGGACCGUUUAGAAAAUUUU